UGUGCUCUUGUGACAGCAGGGCUCAAAACGGCUCGGGGAGGUCUCAGCGAGGAAAAACUCAGUGCUUGAGGAGUGGAAGUUUGAGCUGGCACACGAGGAGUGCUCCCUGUGCUGCCCAGGGAUGCGCYGAGUGGGUGGAUGUAUCAGAGGGUSCUUUUUUAUAGGGUGGUUUUGCUCUUGCUUUUAACCCCGACGCUCUGUCUGUGCAACACUGACGGUAAAUAACUCUCCUGAGCGCUGUGGAGAGAUGGGAACUGCAGCUCAGAAAUGAUUUUGGGGAGAGGAAGACAGAAAAGCACAAGCAAACUGUUGAGGAAAUACAAAUAUCCUUCUAAAGGAUUCGGCAAAUGUACCAGCUAUGGAGUCUGGCCCUAGUCCCAGCAAGGGGGAUUUCUCUUCAGAGGAAACCUGUUAACCAUUUGGAGGGAGUGCAUGGGAGCGAGGAGCAGUUCCUGACACGAGCUCUGCUGCAGGUUUAGUGCCCCAGCAGGGAACACUUUUGUGGGAUCUGCAGGACCAUCUCUCCUGGCAAUGGAUAAAUUCACAAAUGGGCAGCCAGGCCCAGCUCAGAGGAACAGGUUUGUAGGAUUGCUAGAAACAGAUGACAGCGUCCAGGAGGACAAACCCACACCGGGUAAAAAGGAAGAAAGGCCGGGACAUGGAAAGAAAGGACAGCCACAACCCUUGGAGACACCUUAUCAGAAGGAGAGCAGUGACUUCGCCCCUAAAAUCAAGGUUAAUCUGAACUAUCGGCCAGGACUUGUCAGCAACCAGAAGGACCCGAAUCGCUUUGAUCGGGAGCGGCUGUUCAGCGCUGUGGUGAGGGGCAGCCCCGAGGCGCUCGAUGGAUUGCUCGAGUACUUGAGGAGGAACUCCAAAUUCCUCACCAAUUCCGAAUACACAGAUGCAAAGACUGGGAAAACCUGCUUGAUGAAAGCCCUGCUGAACUUAAAAAACGGGAAGAAUGACACGAUCCCAGUCUUGCUGGAAAUAGACCAAAAGAUGCAGAAUCCCAGGCCCCUCGUCAACGUGUCRUGCUCUGACUGCUUCUACAGAGGUGAGGCUUCYGUGGGAUGUGCMG